UGAAAAAAAAAAAAAAUUAGUGGAGUGUGCCUAGCGAGAAAAGAGAAAAAUAAAACAACAACCGUGCAGACAGUUAAGGUACUACAAAGUGCAUAUCCACCCCUAGAAUCUGAGCAGAUAAGCAUAAAAAUAAAGCAGACAAAAAAGUGCGAAAAAAAACAAAAAACACAGCGAAGUCCGCAAACGACGAGUGCGUCCGAAAAAAGCAAGCACAUACUGUGUCAAAACUAAUAAAAAGUAAGUUAUCCCCUCGGAGAAAUAGUGCGAAACGUGCAGGUAGAAAAAUUGUGUUUGCUAAACGACAGGUGAGCCCCAAACGAACUGUGGUCAAAAGUCGUCAAUAAGCUGCUAAGCGACGUGACUCUUCUCACCAAAAACAAAAAACCAAAUAAAAACAGAGAAAACCUAAUAAAAAGGCAUCACCGAGUAGGUUUGUACAGUGCGACGCAAACAAACAAUCAACAGUUGCGUGUGGAACAAAUGAGCUAUACGCACAUGUUGUGCUGAAAGUAAAUAAGUAAGUAAGCGGCUUAAAAUUGAAGCCCGGACGACGUGCGUGGAAGUGCGUGCCACAUGCGAGAGAGCAAAGCCAACGAAAACUGAGUGACUGUUGUCGACAGGAAAACGCAAUUAAGCAGAUAGCUUAAACUGGACGGUGACUAAAGUAGAGAGUGUGAAGAGUGAGAGCAAAAUUUAAAGACAGUUUGGUAAACUUAGAAUUCAUUAAAAAUUGUAGCGCGCACUGGGAAAUAUAUGCCGCAAACUGACCACAAGGGCUUUUAUAAGGCUGAAUAGUUCCUCAAAGUAAUGUCAAAAUAUAAUAAAAAAAAAAAUAACUAAGAAGCUUCUGCAGAAUAUCUCACAAGGCACACAACUACAAUCUACGCAAGUGGUCAAGCCUCAAACAAUUUAGAUUGCGGUCGGUGCUAUUAGAAACUUGUACACACAGUUCCUCCAAAGAUUCAACACACAACCGUAAGUCUACACGAACGGACGACGCAAAUCAUAGUAGCUUACUCGACUCACUCCAGACAAUUGCAAGAAUCGCAGACACGCAAACGUAACAGCUAAAGUAGAGUUGCGGGAACAGCGCAUCGAUUAUCGAUUUUGUCUCCACUGACAUAUAACAAGAUUGGCGCGCUCAAAAAGAAGAAGACAACAAGAGCAACAAGAAAAGACUAUAGCAAGCGUAUAUAUACAUAGAUAAAGUAGAAAACAAAAAAAUUUAGUAAUAGAAAAAGGAAACACAACCAGACGACAGCGUAACAGACAAACGGAAGACUGAAGUCUAAAGCUGUGCGAGCCAAGUGAGCAGGCGUGUGCUGUGUAGUGAGCCAUUAUCGGCCACAAACGAACGAACGAACGUUACGACGCAGUUGCCGGUGUUGGUAAUGAAACCCGCGGCAAACUAAGGGCGGCAUACCGACCAACGGCCAACCAACGACCGACCGGGGUUAGCGAGAAGCCAGUGUAGUAGAGCGCCUCGAAACGGGCUCAACCAAACAACAAAUAAACAAAGGAAAAAUAAACAAACAAGCAACUAAAAUAUUAUUGUAAUCGCUUGGAUUACAGUAACAACGACUGAACGCUCGACUGGCGCGCCACACAGCGCUUACGACGGCAAUCGAAGUCUGUGAAAUUGCCAUUUCAACGGCGUAUUUAACUAUCGUACAUUGCCAGCCAAGCACACCGAUGAAAGGAGAAAACAACAUAUAAAAUACAGUGGCGAAAAAAAGUGUGUGUUCGGUGCAGGAAAGUAAUGAAAAAAUAACAAAACCAAAGCAAAAAAAAGCGACUAAACAUAAGAAACCAACUAGCACGAACAGCAAACGGAAACAGCUGAACAUAAAACCCACGAAAAGCCAUUGAAAGCACACAAAGAAAUCAACAGCCAACGAGACGUACAGCGAAUCUAAAGGACAACAAAAAAAAACAGCGGAAACGUACUUUUUGGCGAGGCAUCAAAACGUUCCGGCGAAAAAUUGCGAUUACGUGAAAAACUUCAGCCAACAAACAAGCGCUCCCGCAGGCGAAAGCGCUAGCCGCCAUAAGGCAGCAAUCAACAACUUGUGAAGACAACGGAAAAAGUUGGGAAUAGCCGUUGACGUUGCCAAGAAAUUCACGCGGCGAUAAAACGAAAAGUUGCUUGGUGAAAAUUGAGCAACGCAUCUUCCAGCAUUCCAGUUCCGUUAAGGGGCAGUACGGCCUCAAUAAUAGCUUGGGCAUAGUACGCAGCUUGUAACGUUAACCUCGUAACGCAAACAACUUACUAAGAGACUGUGAGAGAAUGAAGACUUUUGUGUUCAAGCGAAUUGUUGCUUAGACUUAAACAGCAUAUCCGAGACCCAGCAUCCAAAAGCCAAAAACAGAGCCUACGCUUUAAUUGCGUUCCCACAAAAGUCACUUGAACUCCUGACCGACCCUUUCGGCGUCCGACAAGCAAUUCUCGCCUCUCAACAAUUCGUUUCACACCCAGCCAAGUAGUAACGAAAAAUCCCCAAACAUAGCACGUCUAAUAGAUCGUUUACGCCGCCUCAACAAAAAGAAAAUGCUCUGCUCCAUUCUACGUACCUUCGCCUGCGUGCUGAUCAUACAGGGUGGCAUUUACGCAUUGCGUUUGAAUGGCCCUGGUGGCGGCGGCAGCAGUCCUGGUGCGGGCGGUGUCAGUAGCAUAGGCAUUGGUAGUGGCGUUAAUACGCCAACGAAUAUUGGCGUCGGCGUCGGCGGCACGCAACACAAUACCGCCGCGAAUAGCAAUCAAAUGCUCAAUAUACUCUCCGCAACGCAGCACGCGCAACAUUUGCAUGCCGGCGGCAGUGGUAGCAGUAGUAGUGGUGGUGGCGUUGGCAGCGGCAGUCUUGCGCAUACCUUCAGCAAAUCCAUGGUGGGUCAGUUAGAUAGCGCUGGCCGUUUGUCCCAGGAGCUGGCCGAUAUGGCGCAGCUGGAGCGCGAACGGCUUAUGUUGCUCGGUCUGGCGAAACAGACCGCUGCGGCCAACGCGGGCACUGGCCAUCACGGACGUCCCAUCAUCACCGGUCGCAUACAAAUGAGCCCUGUCGAGGAGGUGGAGAGCGAUUAUCCGUCAUUGCUGUUGCAACAGGCCCGCGGUCCUAUGUAUGGUAGUGUCGUGAAACAGCCGUCAGUUAUUGAGGAUGAGUAUAUAGACGAGGAGGGCGAAUACGGCGUGCACACGCGCCCUGAGAAAUAUGAGUAUGGGCACAUCGUGCAACCUUCCGACCGCGAGGAAUACGGCCAGCCGCAGCGUGGUGACGACUUGGAUGUGCUGAUCGAGGCUGAACCAGAGCUGGAUGAAAUGCUCACCGAUUUGGACAGCUACCAGUACUUGGAUGAGUUGUUGCCGCCCGAACAUCGCAGCAUGUGGAGUGAUGACUCGCCAGCUCAUGCCGUUGCCGGCGGCAAUACUAGGCCACAUCACUUGAACGAUGGUUUGCCGCUACUGUUGAAUCCAUACCGCACGCUCGAGGAACUCGAGGAAAGCGCACCGCACACCUUGCAGGAAAUAUUCGAAAAGGAACAGCAUGGUGGUGGCGGUGGCUUGAAAGAGCAGCGCGCGCAGCAAGUGCAGCAGCAGGCACAUGAACAACAACAGCAGCAUCAAAAACAUUAUCCGCCACAGCAGCAACAACACGCAUUUGGCGGCGGGAUUAAGCAUCGCAGUGGCGCCUAUGCUGGUGGUAGCGCCGGCGGUGCUGAAAACUUCAAUACACAUCUGCAGCAGAAGUGGCAACGUAAACGCUCACAGCAACAACAACAACAGCGCCAGUUGCAACAGUGGCAGCGCAAUAUUUUCGGCCAACAGCGGCAGCAGUUGCAUCAUUUUGGCUCGAACACUGAAAGACACAAUAAAUUCGCGUUUGCCAAUUCGGAAGCCACCGCCAGCAAGCAUAUUCAGCCGAACAACAGCAACGAUAACAAAUUGCCAAGCGCUCUCAUCGCAAUGGCACCGCAGCAAAAAAGUUCCUCUUCAACACUGUUGUCCGCCGACAGUGGCGCGACAAUCAAAAGUGAGCAGCAGCAACAAAAAGAACUAAAGCAAACGCCAAUGCAGCAGCAGGUUGGCAAGGAAAACAUUGAUGAUAGCGCUAGCUCAACGACCGCUUUCGCUAAAGCUGCUGCGAAAUUGAAAGCACAACAACAGACACAACAGCAACAGCAACAGCUACAUAAGCAACAGCAAACGCCAUUACAAAAGCAGGAGUCUUUCUUGCAUCCCAAUCAUAAACGUUCCGGCGGCCUGGGCGUCGGCGGCGGUGGUGCGGGCAAUAGUAUGUCCGCAGCUGCUGCUGCGGCGGCGAAUAACGGUUACUCGUCCAUAGCGAGUCAGCUGAUGUUGCGCACAGCGCGAGGGCAGCGGCAGUACGAUGUGCCACAAAUAGAAUGUCCCGCCGCUAUGGAUGGCAUGGAGCGCUUUGCGUGUCCCACACCCGAUCUGCAGGGUCGGUAUCGGUGCAUAGACGAUCAUGUGCUAUGCGAUGGAUUCAUCGAUUGUCCGGAGGGUGAGGAUGAAGAUCGGAGAUCGUGUAUGUUCUACAAAACGGUUAAAGCCCAUCUUGAUGUGUUAGCGGAUGCGUUACUGCGUUGGGCGCGAGGGCGUUAAACAAUAACAACAACCACCACACAUAUUGUACAACAAAAUAACACAACAUAACUCUCGCCUUCCUAUGCAUUAAUGCAAACAAAACAAAAACACACUUACGAAAGCAACACGAAUAUACAGCUAAACAGCAUAAACAAACAUCCAAAGAAAACUCGAAAAAAAAUACACAAUAACGAUCAUCACCACCGCAUAUGAAUAAUUAAAAAACAAUGAUCAAAGAACAGCCCGAAUUUCGUAAAAAAAAAUAAUUAUUCCUGCAAAAAUCAUUCCAAACAAAUGAAUCAGUGCUGAAGUGAACAAAUGAAAAGGUCUGAUGAGCACAUUCACUUACUAACCACACACACAUAGAGACACCUGCAUACAUACAUACACCACAAAUGGCAACCUAAAUGUGAGAACUGAAGAGUAAAGAUGCGAACGAAGAAUCAGUGGGGAAGGGCGCAUGCAGGAAUGGACGUAAAGAACAAAAAAGUAGUAUUGUUUGUAAAAAGCUGUCAUAAGUAUGUAAAAGUAUUUAAAUAAUAGGCAAAUAGCGAAAAAAACUAAUUAAAGAAAACAAACAUUCAAAACCCCAAAAUGAAACUGACCAUACAAGCAUGUAAAUUACAAAAAAAGAUAACAGACAUUCAUUGUGUGUUUAAAAAAAAGUAUGCAAAUAGUACCACAAAAGAGA